AGGACGAGUGUGGGGCGGCUGAUGUGUCGGUCAGUUCUGAGGCACCGGCUUGCCCCAUCCUCUCUCCGUCUCGUCUGGGACUCAUCCCUUUCCUCCCGAAGACGUCAUGACAUCCCCAAAGGACUGCCUCACCGACAGUGAGUCCGAGGAUGCGUUGCACAGCACCCCCUUACUGCAGAAGCCCCCGCGGGAUGUCCCAGUUCCUGUAUGCUGCUCAACUCGUUACAACUUAGCAAUAAUAGCCUUUUUUGGAUUCUUCAUACUGUACGCCUUACGUGUGAAUCUAAGUGUAGCAUUAGUGGAUAUGGUAGAGUCAAAUAACACUAUGGAGAGAAACACAACUUCUGAGGGGUGCCCAGAACAUUCUACUCCCAUAGGAGACUUUCACAAUCGAACGGGAAAGAAAUACCAUUGGGAUGCAGAAACUCAGGGAUGGAUUCUUGGCUCCUUUUUUUAUGGCUACAUCAUCACUCAGAUUCCUGGUGGAUAUGUUGCCAGUAAAGUGGGUGGAAAGCUGCUUUUGGGAUUUGGAAUACUUGGAACCUCUUUACUCACAUUAUUGACUCCCAUUGCUGCAGAUUGGGGAGUGGGCUUUCUUAUUGCAGUCCGAGCCCUAGAAGGACUAGGAGAGGGUGUUACAUAUCCAGCUAUGCACGCUAUGUGGUCUUCCUGGGCGCCUCCUCUUGAAAGAAGCAAACUUCUUAGUAUUUCAUAUGCAGGAGCACAGCUUGGAACAGUCAUCUCACUUCCACUUUCUGGAAUAAUUUGUUUCUAUAUGGAUUGGCCUUAUGUCUUCUACUUUUUUGGUGCUCUUGGAAUAUUGUGGUUCAUUUUAUGGAUCUGGUUGGUUAGUGAUAAACCAGAAACUCACAAGACAAUCUCUGCUUCAGAAAAGGAAUACAUUCUUUAUUCUCUGAAAGAUCAGCUUACUGCACAGAAGUCAGUACCAUGGAUACCAAUGUUAAAAUCACUACCACUUUGGUCUAUUGUUGUGGCACAUUUUUCUUACAACUGGACUUUCUACACUUUAUUAACAUUAUUGCCUACAUAUAUGAAAGAAAUAUUGAGAUUUAAUGCUCAAGAGAAUGGACUUUUAUCUGCACUACCUUAUUUUGGAGGUUGGGUUUGUAUGCUGUUAUCUGGACAAGCAGCUGACUACUUAAGAGUAACAUGGAGUUUUUCAACUGUCUGGGUCCGUAGAUUAUUUAGCUUAAUAGGAAUGAUUGGGCCAGCAGUAUUCCUAGUAGCAACUGGAUUCAUUGGCUGUGAUUAUUAUUUGGCAAUCGCCUUCCUUACCAUAUCCACAACAUUAGGAGGUUUUAGCACUUCUGGGUUUAGCAUCAACCAUCUGGAUAUUGCACCUUCGUAUGCUGGUAUCCUCCUAGGCAUCACAAAUUCAUUUGGUACUAUUCCAGGAAUGAUUGGACCAGUCAUCGCUAAAAGCCUAACACCUAAUAACACAGUGAAAGAAUGGCAGAUGGUGUUCUAUAUCGCUGCUAGUAUUGAUAUAUUUGGAGCACUUUUCUUCACAGCUUUCUCCAGGGGUGAAGUACAGGAGUGGGCUCUAAAUAAUUAUCACAGGGAUCUAAACUAAAAGAACCAUAGAGAAAGCCACUCUCUUGAUUCAUUCUUAUCAUCAUGUAACCUAAAAGUGCCUUUGCUAUUUGAAUGCUUAAACAUUUCACCAAAAAAUUUACUUACAUACUUUUAAGGCUUGAAAUUAUGAAAUGUCACUACUUGAUUUUUGUGGAAUUUAAUAUUUUUAAUCAUUUGUAGUAAGAAAAGCUAUGCUAGAGGUUGUAAUUUAGAUUCAUAUACACAGCUUUAAGAAAAUAAUUAUGCAUAGUAGUUCAGGAUUAACAAACUGACUAAAAGUGAAAAAGAAACCAUAAAAUAGCAGUGAUAUUUAUUUUUAGAGAGCUGUACACUUAGGAGAAUGAGCUAAAUGAACCCUGUACCUUCCCACAAGCUGAAUGGAGAUUCUCAGGUAUUGGUAAAGACUUGUUCUCAUCCAAACUUCUCUCAUGAACACACUUCAUCUAGUUUAAGCCCAGCUUUGCCACUUCCUAGCUUUUGUGACUUUGGGGAAGUCACAUAACUUCUCUGAGCCUCAGUUUCCUCAUCUGUAAAGAUACCAGAACUUGCACUUUUACCCUCACAGAAUUAUUGUGAGGAUAGCACAACAUGUUCUCUAAGUUGGAGCUAUUUUUAAUCUACUCUCCUUCACACUCAGGGGUCUGGAAAUUUACAGUUUCUGUGAUGCUACUAGCAUCCGUAGAAUCUGGCCUUGCAAUUCAAAAUGCUAUCAAGGGUCCACUGUGUGUAAAGCCCUCUGCUGGCUCCUGGAGAGAUAAUAAGGGAGAGUCACUACCUUCAUAGAGUUUACUCUUUGCCAGGUAGCUGUGGCAGGGGCAGCUUCAUUUUCACCAACAGACCAUUUUUACAUAGACAUUUCCUCUCUCUGACUCCUGGGACAAGGAGUCCACCCAUAGCCACACAGACUGAUUUGCCAAUAAUAGCUCAGUGCCAUUUCUUUGGGUAGAGUUCUCACUAUGUAUGUGGCUAUUAACUGACUGAUGAAGCUGCACUUUCAGAGUAGCCUGGAGAAAUCUCAACCUCUGUUUGAGGUAAUCUCUAUCCACCCUGCUCAGCAAGUUGAACUCUGAGAUGUCAUAUAGUUUGCAACACAGAUUUAGACUCCUGGUCAUUCUUAAAUCAUCCCACAAACCAUGCUUGGGACCAGCUGUCUCUGCCACUGCCUCUUCUGGUUCCAAAUACAGGGGAGGUCGGCUUCUUGAUCUAGUGCAAAGGCACAGAUAGAACCCAUCCCCAUUCCACUAACAGGCUUAACUUGACCUUCUGUUUGCAAUUCAAAGUAAAAGUGGUUUUUAAAGACCCAGAUCACCGGGGGAUAGUCCCUGUUGCUUCUGGACUCUGGGAUUAAACCACUCUGGGAUUUACAAAGGGAUUUUCACCAAAUUUUCUACCAGUGAUUUCAAAGCAUGCUUUAAAGAACCUUUAUGUGAUAUGGAUCUUAGCUAAUGUUUUGUGGCUAUUAGUUCUGUCUUCUUAUCUUGUCCAGGAUAACUUUUUUGUUACCUGUUGGGUGCAAUUUUAUGUAAUUUAUUGUUCAAACUGUAUUCAGUCCAACAUUUAUUGUGAACAGUUUUGUCAUGUUGGUUUUAUAUCAUUAAA